AAGCCUUGUAAAGCAAAAGCGAUGUUUCUUGAUCCCAAAAUAGACCCAGCUGGUAGUCUUGGAUUUCAACAUCAUCAGCCUUGUGAAAUUCAUAGAAUAGGAUUUCAGGCUUCUCUCCGCUUUCGAGCCCUUUGACAUUCCAGGAUGGCCCUUAGAGAUGCGUGGUGGAUGCAAUCACAGCCAUCGCAGCAAACCCAAGCACCACCUUCGCCGAGUCAGCCACAGGAACCGCAUCAAGGAUGGCCGUGGAACCAAACCGUCGGUGGGAUCAGCUUUGGUAUCCUCGAGAAAACACUGAAGGAGAAAGCCGGGCUGAAUUGCAGAGUCGAUCAGUAUACAUAGAGGUCAGCCUUGCAAGCACUCGUUCCAUUCACAGGCAGGCCACGUCAAGCCCCACGUGCAACACCACAUAUAAGCCCGAAAUGGACCCUCCAGAGUACUGCUACCACGGUGCAAAUGCUGAUAGACGCUUUAAAACGGCCUCUACCAAGUGAGGUUCAUAGCACGUUCUAUAUCGCCAGUUCUUUGCAAAGCGAGUCUAUACAGGCCUUAGGCUACCACUUAGGGAUUACACCACGAUUUUUCAACUUUCCUUACUUGCAGCUGAGCACUGGAAACACGGUUGAAAAAUAUGUAUUUUACUCUCUCCAGUUCAUGGAAAGAUAUAACAUUGGACACAAACCGUCAGAAGCCUACCGUUCGAAUACCUCACCCUGUUAUCGCUUUCGUGCUACGUCCGGUGGUCAACAGCCCCAUGAGUGGCAUGUGACCUGUCUUCGUUUGAUAUUUCUGAAGGACCCUGACGGCAAGCGCUUCCAAGGAUUGGUGCAGGUAGAUCCGCUCGACGACGCAAUAGCCGAUGGCUUGAAAACACUCAUGACGAGAGACGAAGACAUACCUCCUGGCGAUGCGGAAGAGUAUGCAGGCCUCGGCCAGAUCCUUUCCGAAACCAUUUAUAUAGUUACCUAUACGUGGGCAGCAUUCCUUACCGAGGCUGAGGCCCACCUGCAAGUACUGAGCAAGAAGUGUGUUGACGAUGAUCUCACUCAAACCGAGCAACUUCAAUACACGCGCGAGCUACAUCAACUAUCCCCGUUGUGGGUACAAGUGCGCCGACGACUGAUAACCGCCAAAGAUUUGACAGAACAGAUGAUUGAGCACCCUUUCUUUGCUUCCAUAGGCGGCUACGAUGGCCGCAUUGCAAUCAAAGGCUAUCUCAGCAAACAGACCAAGAUUCUGGACGACCACAUCAGCCGGUGUAAUGAGUUAGCAGAGCAAACCAACGUACUCAUCAGCCUGAUCUUCAAUAUCGCCACGCUACAGGAUACAAGAGCGGCAGUUGAGGAGAGCAAAGCUGACAAUGCAUUCGCUGCUAGUAUCCGACGUGUCACAAUGCUGACAUUCGUUUACCUGCCUUUGACACUUGCUUCGAGCAUUUUCGGUAUGAACAUGACCCAAAUCACAGGAGAUCAUGUUCAGUCUCCGCUGUGGGCGUAUUUCGUGCUCGCCGUCGCACUGAUGGUGGCAACUUUCGGUGGUUGGUUUGUCUGGUCUCGGAUACUGUCUACGAUGGAACGAAUGGCGAAGUGGAGAACGUCUUUGCCGAAUGCUUAAUAGUAAAAUCUUGUAAUGAGUAUAACAGUCGAAACACCACGCAAGAUACGUUCCAGGCUCGU